UCUUAUGUUUCUGCAUGAUGUUUCUGUAUGUAUAAUUUGUAAAUGUGUAGUUUCCGUUUCGUUUCUGUAUUCGCUACGCCCACUUGCGGUGGAACGAGUUUGCGCAGGUGCAGGUUAGAAAAUAAGGAGAAACAGUUUUCUUACGUGUUGCUGUCUUUCGUGGAUAAAACUUGUGGUGAAACGUUUUAGGAAAUACAAGUUAAAGGUUUAACAACUGUAAUAUUUGUAAUCGAUACAAAGGGAUACAAAGGGAUCUUUGUAUAUUUUUGUGUUUAUGUUUGGAUGAAAUCUUUUGACUUUUUGACUGACAUCUAUGAUGAAUAAGAACUAUUUUUCCUGCCACGAGUGAAGUUAAUCAAGGACUUCGCACCUACAGUAGAUAUUCUCUUAUUAAGGUCCAGCAGCAGGGAUUUAAUUUGAGCUGACCAAUAGACAGUCAUAUAGACAGACCAUAAGGAAGGUAAUAGUCAGGUCAUGAUUUUGCUGUCUAAUGGUGGAUAAAUGUGGAUUAUGGCUCACAGAGGACCAGUGCUCAGCAUUAAUGCACAGAUUAUUCCCAAAGGCUUUGUGUGAGCAACAUAAGGAUGUCCUUCACAGAUCCUCUGUCACACUGACAGUUUGGGGAGUUGACGCAAAGGCUCAGUUUAAGACAUGGAGCAACACAAUAUCCAGGAUCAUCUGAUUAGACAAAAGGAGUUGAUCAAAUAUAGACUAAAGAAACUGAAUGACAAGCAAAAUGAAAUCAAGUCAAAAUCCUUAGUGAUGAGAGAAAACACAAUGAAGAAGUAUAAAGAGAUGCAGAGAGUUCUGGAGGAGGACUGUAGGAUCACUUUAUCUCUGCUGGAGAUAGAGGAGACGGCUACAGUUCAUGCACUGGACGAUCUCAUUGAUACAAACUGUGUCCUUCUCAAAGACAUUGAAUUGCAACUAAAUCAAGGACUGAUGGACAAUGGCUUAAAGCCUGUUGAAAGGGUCACAAUGUUUGACAACAGGGUACAGGAACUGCUAAGAACGACAGACCCAGGUCUGGUAAAGCUUGAUGAGGCAAAAGCAGAUCAGCUACUGGGCCUAACCAACAAUCUACUGCUGUUUAUCCGUUCUCAGAUACCUAUUGCUAAGAGGUUGCUGAAGACCUAUUCCACAGAAGUGAUCUUAGAUCCCACCACUGCCCACCCAAAGCUGAUUAUUUCAUCUGCAGGGGACUGUGCCACUUUUACAGAUGUAUGGCAGGAUGUCCCCGAGGACAAGGGACGCUUUGACACCACCCUUAACGUCCUUAGCCUUCAGAGCUGGGACUCAGGUCGCCAUUAUUGGGAGAUCGAUGUUAGUGAGAAGUUAUACUGGGAGCUGGGUCUCACCUACCCUUCCAUCUCAAGAAAAGGUCAAAAGGAGGACUGCUGGUUAGGCCGACAUGCUGAUUCCUGGUGUCUGGAGUAUUUUGAUGGAGACUACAAUGCCUGGCAUGGAGGUACCGCCCAUCCUUUACCCAUUUCAACAUGCUUUCGGCGGAUAGGGAUUCUCUGCAGCUUUUAUGGAGGUCUGGUGACAUUUUUAGGAGUGGAUAGCAUGACACCACUGUACUCAUUCUGUACUGGAACAUUUACAGAUGCACUACAUUUGGCUCUGUGUCCAGGUCACGAUCUUCAGGGGACAAACUCGAAACCUAUUAAAAUCUGUCAAUCAUAACAUUUUUUAAA